AGGUGACACUAUCAGUGGGUUCUGAGUUGUUCGAACAGUAAAGGUGUUGUGUGUUGCUAGGUAUUUGUAAAUAAAUACAUUAAUAGAUUUUUAUGUGGCACAGUUAAAAACAUUUGUUUAGUGUUGCGGUUUCGGACUAAUUAGUGUACAUAAACAUAUACUUGGUGUUAGAAGUUUUAAAAUUCCAGUUGUACCGAGCAUGGUGUCAUAUUACAGUCCGGCAGCUAUGUAUCGUCACCAGCAACAGAUUUCUGCACCUAAUGGACAUUUCCAGGCGAAUUCCCCAAUGCAUUCAUGGUACGCGGGUUAUCACCAAAGCCCCCAAAUAGGCACGGCUCCCCCAACGUCCUACUGUGUCCAAGAGGAACAGCAAAUGUGGCAUCAUCAUCCGGCUCAUCCGCACAGUGUUUUCCAGCAUGAUUUCCAAGAUUUCGUACAUAGCGGAAUACCGCCAUUGCAACAUCCACAACACCAGGUCGAUCCGGAAAGUCAGCUUCCUUCUCCUCCGAUAACCGUUUCGGGGAGUGAUAUGUCUAGUCCCGGAGCACAAAGCGGGAAUAUCUCACCUCACCAGAACCACAGCCAAAACACCAGACCGCCACCAGCAAGAAGUCCGUACGAGUGGAUCAAAAAGACUUCUUACCAGUCCCAACCAAACCCUGGAAAGACAAGAACCAAGGAUAAAUACCGAGUUGUGUACACGGAUCAUCAAAGAAUUGAAUUAGAAAAGGAAUUCACUUUCAACAACAAAUAUAUCACAAUAAGACGGAAAUCGGAACUAGCCUCAAAUUUGGGUUUAUCUGAAAGGCAAAUUAAAAUAUGGUUCCAAAACAGAAGAGCGAAAGAACGUAAACAGAACAAGAAGCGUGUAGAAGAAAAGAAUCAAAUAGAUAUAGUAAACAGUUCGCCAUACCAGCAAAACAUCAUGAAUCAGCACCAACAAAUCCAGCAUUUAGAUUUGCAAAACCAACAGACCAUUCUGCCCAAUAUUGUACCUCCUUCCUCCGUAGUUAUGCAGAGAUUUAUGGAAAACAAUGCUAUGAAAUUAGAAAACAGUGAGAAUGAACAAUUAGGUUAAGUACAUCCAUUUUUUAACAUCUUAUAGAUCUGUUUUAUCUAUAAAUGUAUGACAGCACCCGAUGACAAGAAAUGAAAUAUUUUAUUGGAUUUGAUUUAUUCAUUUAAUUUUUAUCGAAAAUUAAAAUGUUAUUUCGAUUUCUACCAAUGGGUGUUUGUCCCCGUCCGAUUUUCAAGUGCAAUUUUUUUCAUUAGUGCAAUUUUAAACUCUGAAAGAGAAUUAUACUAGUUUGUUUAUUAAGUUAUACUAUAUAAUAAUUAUAUGUGUGAUUCGAUAUAAUUAGAUUCUUUAAGUUCUCAUGUGUGUACGUCUGUAAAUGGUAUAAUUUAACUUUUUCCAGUACUUUUAUGCUGGAACAAUUUCAGUGAUAUAAAUUGACAAAAUUAUAGUUUGUCUUAUUUAAGUUAUAAGUAAAGUAUAUAAUAGUUCCUCUACAAUAAUAAAUA